AAUAGAGGCUCUAAAAUGUCUUGGUUUUUGACAGUACUCUUUUUGAUCAUUACUCUCUCAUUAAGUACUCCCUCAGAAGCUAGCCAUGAGAAGAAGCACCCAUCUGCAGUUGUUAUAGGUACCGUCUACUGUGACACAUGUUUCCAAGCAGAAUUCUCACAUGCCAGCCACUUCAUUUCAGGGGCUUCUGUUGGUGUAGAAUGCAAAGAUGGGAGUUCAAAACCAAGUUUCCAGACAGAAGUGAAAACUGAUAGCCAUGGAGUGUUCAGAGUCCAGUUGCCUUUCUCUGUGAGCAAGCAUGUCAAGAAAAUUGAAGGGUGUUCUGUGAAAUUAAUCAGCAGCAGUGAACCAUAUUGUGCUGUGGCCUCAACAGCCACUUCAUCUUCACUGCAUCUCAAGUCAAGAAAGCAAGGAACACACAUUUUCUCAGCUGGGUUCUUCACCUUUAAGCCUCUAAAGCAGCCAAGCCUAUGUAACCAAAAACCAAGCAUUCAAAACUCCGAGGAAUUCAGUUCUCAGAAAUUCUCAUUUCCUCCAACUGAUGAGCUCACAUUUCCACCACCAACUCAAAACCCCACAAUAGAUGAUCUUCCUCCUCUUCCUACACUCCCUCUUCCUACACUCCCUCUUCCACCAUUGCCACAACUUCCUCCUCUCCCUCCCCUUCCAGGAAUUCCUGGAAUUCCAGGAAUUCCAGUUUUACCCCCCUUUCCUGGUAAAACUACAGAGGCAGGGCAACUAACUGAUAAAAAAGUAGCCCACCCAGAUACUUUCUUCCCACCAAACCCAUUUCAGCAACCAUCAAUUUUGCCUCCAAAUCCACUUGUGCCACAGCCAACUCCACUUAUCCCCAAUCCAUUUCAGCCUCCACCAGCACCAUUAAUUCCCAAUUUGCCCCCAAUACCAGGUUUUACUCCACCAGCAGGCGCAGCACCAUUGAUUCCCAACUUGCCACCUAUACCUGGUUUUACUCCAUCACCAUCACCUCCACCACCAUCUUUCCCAUUCCUCCCUCCAUUCCCAUUCCCACUCCCACUCCCACCUACACCUCGCAUCCCUGGAAUCCCACCUGCUUAUUCUUCUUCUUCAAAGCAAACUACUUCUCCUUGAUAUUAAACAGAAAUGAUUAACUAUAUAAAUCAUGUUUAAUUAACUCUCAAAUAAUGUCUUUCACAUGUUGGUUAAGUUUGUAUGUAUAAAUUCUUGUAUGGGUUGUGCAAUUAUCAGAAGCAUAUGUAGUAGGGAUUGUAAGUUUGUACUUUGUAAGGAAAAUGCAGUCGACACAGAAUUAUUGUACUUGGAAUAAAGCUAUGGUUCUCAUCA